AUGUCUCUCGACAAGCAGACUGUCCACCGCGUCCUAGACACGAUUCCUCUUCGCUACCGAGGACCCGGUGGUGCGGCAGCAGUCAUUAAAGAUGGCGAGGUUGUUGGCCAACGCGUGUGGGGAUACGCUGAUCAAUCUCAGCGCAUCCCCGUUGAAGCAUCCACGCAAUUUCCCAUAUGCUCGAUCACCAAGCAGUUCGUUUGUGGUUUGCUGAUGGAUCUCUACCGCAACCCGACGCCCGCAAUGGCCGCAAGAGGAGACGUGCAGAAGCAAUUCACGGAGAAACUGCAUGAGUUGCUCCCAAUGACUCGGGAAAACGGGUUGACUAUCGAGAACUUGUGUGAUAUGCAAUCUGGUAUCCGCGAUUACUGGGCGAUGACCACUCUGUGGGGAGCUAAACCGGAGGACGAGUUCUUGAUUGCGAGAGAUUCCCCUCCCAUGCUGGAUAGGACGAAGUCCCUUCAUUUCCAACCGGGCAUGGAAUACUCGUAUUCGAACGUCAACUUCUAUUUGGUUGGACGAAUCAUCGAGCACGUCACGGGAGAGCCUCUGGGAAAGCUUCUUGAGGAAAGAAUCCUGAAGCCAGCUGGGAUGGCAACUGCUCUGCUCUGCCCGAAUACUGCGCACCAUCCUCCACCCUGCGUGGGCUAUGAAGGAAACGAGGACCAUGGAUUCUGUGCUGCAGUCAACCGCAUGGAGUGGUCGGGUGACGCCGGAUUGGUGGCAUCUCUCGACGAUAUGAUUGCCUACGAGAAGUACUUGGACAGGCUGUUUUCGGACCCGCAAAGUUGGUACUACACAGCCACCAAGCCACACACCUUCAGCGAUGGUACGCCUGCGAGAUACCACUAUGGCUUAGCACAUGUUGACAUCAACGGCAUCGACUCGAUCGGGCAUGGUGGGGCUCUGAGGGGGUAUCGCCUGCAUCGGAGGCACGUACCACAGGAGCAUCUCUCUGUUGUGGUCUUGUUCAAUCAUGAGGCCGAUGCAUCAGAAGCGGUCAACGAUAUUCUGCGAGGCGUAUUGAGCCGGCCCAAUCCCGAAAUGGCACCGGUAGAUUCCGCAGCAGAAUGGAUUGGUGUAUUCCUCGACGAGGCCACCCAGUUGGCAAUCACUGUCGUCAAGGGCUCACAAGUGGGAGAAGUCCUAAUUACAUACGCCGAGCACCUGGAAGCUGCACCCCUCAAGCUGACUGAUGCCAAGAAUGGCAGAACAAGCUCAAUGAUUGCAUCGAUUGAUGGUGAUAUCUUGCGCAUUCACCGCUUGGCAGAGAACCGGAAGCUUGAGGCUCAGCGCCUCACCCCACAGGAUACCAGCCUCAGGGACCCCGCGUUGCCGGGCGAUUAUUAUUGCGCCGAAGUUGACUCCACCUUUCAUUGCACUGGAAGUGCAGGAAUGUUAUAUGGAUCCUUUGACGGAUACCUUGGGCAGGGCAUCGUAACGCCGAUGCGUUACCUCGGGAAUGAUGUGUGGGCCCUGACUUGCCCGCGCGGCCUAGAUGCGUCGGCUCCGGGUGAUUGGACAGUUGUGUUUCACCGCGAUGAGAACAGCUCUAUUGUAGGCUUCAAAAUCGGAUGUUGGCUAGCUAGGGGACUUGAUUUCGUCAAGAAGCAAUGA